GUGUGUGUGUGUGUGUGUGUGUUGAUGAGAAAUUGAACGCGCAGUAUCGCGUGGUUCUAGACAAUUCGAGAUUGAAACGCCUUAUAGACCCUGUAAAAGAUAUCAUCAGAUAAGGGGGCGACACGAUUAUAUGUAUUUGGAUUGCGAUUGGUCACACACAAUCGAAUAGGUGGUAGUUUUCCGUGUCUGAUCUCCGAUGAACGCGGCAAUUGUCAGUCAAAUUUCAACUUCGUACGCCGUACGCGGUGAUAUAUAAGCAGCAGCGGUGUGGAGGUAGAGAUGAGUGUGCUAUUAAACUUAUUUCGACACACGAAACUUUUUCAUCAUCUACUACUACGAGUACCGAUCGAACACACACACACACAGGGUUAUUGCAUCGGCCGGUACGUACAUACACACCGUCCAUCACAGGAGCAGCCUGCCGCAGUAUAUGUAAACGGUCACAGUCUAUGUAUUUACGUUCAAACAAGCUUUUAAGUAUACCUAAUUUCUUCAAAUGGUAUGUAAUUUGAAUACUACAGUUCUACCAUUACAAUUACAGAAUUCAGAAAAUUGAGCCACUUAUCGUGGCGCCAUACACGUGAUCACAACAAUUACUAGUUGAUCGAUAAACAAUCUCGUACGAAGCCGCCGCCGCUGUAAGAAAAGAGCUGAGAGAAAUGACUGUGGGACUGAAGACCAUGGAAUUUUUGCGAUUAGGCCGACGGAUUCGUCGACGGUUAAACGCGAGGAAUGUAAGCGAUCAACUUCUCGGCGACGGUGAAGAGAAGAGGAAGAGAAUCGCCUCGAACGUCGACACGAAAAUGUUGAAGAUCGGGUUCAUAGGAGGCGGCAAAAUGGCCCAGGCUCUGGCCAAGGGCUUCAUUCGAGCUGGGCUGAGCAAGGGGGAGAUGAUGUUGGCCAGUUGUCUACCGAACGACACGGGCAGCAUAGAUGCGUUUCAGGAAAUCGGCUCGAGCACCGUAUUUUCGAACGAGCCAGUCAUCAAUUACGGCGACGUUCUGAUCCUGUCGGUGAAGCCACAGGUGAUGCCGAAAGUGCUCCCGGAAUUGAAGAAUUACACGAAACUCUUACUCUCAAUAGCGAUGGGAGUUCCACUGGCGUCGAUAGAAAAAGCCGUGCCAGCGGGAACGCCGGUGAUAAGGGUGAUGCCCAACGUUCCGGCCAUCGUAGGCUGCGGUGCGACGGUCUACACUCGCGGAAAGCAUGCCGGAGACAAAGAAGCUGAGAUAGCAGAAAAAUUAUUUUCCUCCGUAGGCGUGUGCGAGGAAGUUCCUGAGAACUUGAUCGAUCCUGUUACGGCUUUGGCUGCUUCCGGGCCUGCAUACGUGUACAUGAUGAUAGAAGCUUUGGCUGACGGUGCUGUAAAGAUGGGCCUUAUGAGGCCAACUGCUUACAAGCUGGCUGCACAAACUGUCCUCGGAGCCGGUACCAUGGUUCGCGAUACAAACAUGCAUCCAGGACAGCUUAAAGACGACGUGGCCUCGCCAGGAGGAUGCACCAUAACUGCGAUCCAUUAUUUGGAGCGGCACGGACUGAGGUCAGCUCUGAUCGGUGCGGUCGAGGCAGCGACGAAGAGAUGCAAGGAAGUCAGUUCGCACUCCGACAAAAAUUAA